UUAUACACUCUAUAUCAACCUUAGCUUGUUCGUCAUAGUGCAGAACUGGAGAAUGUGAAGCCGGUAACUAAGGGUUUUGGGUCUAGGUAGUGACCAAAGCAUUCAAAAUGAGCGAUCUGUACGAAAAUUCCAUUGCAACGUCACCUAUAGGCCCUCGAAGUAAAACUCUAGCUGAGUUCGAAUACAAAGUCAUCCUCAACAACCUGCUUAAAAAUCAGAUGUACAAAGCUGUAGCUAGCGAAAAUUAUGAAAAGAUCAAAGAAAUACUUGACACGCAGAAAGAUAUCAACCUCGAAGCCCAAGAAAAUCGUGCUUUUGCGAARCUUUUACUCGAUACUGCAAUCGAGAAUGACAGCGACAAGAUUCUUGAAGUACUCGUCAACAAAGGAGCAAAAAUUGGUGGGAUUCUUUUUACAGCUGUGAGACAAGGAUCUUACAAGUCCGUUAAAUGCAUCGUUAAGAUAUUGGAAGCGCAGGAUGGUAGUUCUAGUGAGUUCGAUUUAGGGCCUUCUGACUGUAAAAAAGAAGGAUUUAUAACUCCAAUGAUGAUGGCGAUACAGUUGAACGAUUACGAUAUCAUGGAAUAUCUAAUAACACGAGGGUACAAGGUUGAAAACUUCCACUACGUUUAUGAAGAAGGAGUUAAAAAUGACUUGGACAUCGAUCUCCUCAAGUUCACCCAGACCCUYGGGAUCAAUCUCAAACCCCGAAGGGAGAACAAGAAYCAAUUUCCYAAAGAGCAUAGUAUUUUACUGAAGAUAAACACAUAUCAAGCUCUGGCCAACCCACUGUACAUUAGCUACAUGUACAUUCACGAUAAGACCACUGUCAAUCCUCUGUUUGAGAUCUUUACGCUAAGCCGAACUUUGAGACUUCUGUCAAGUAACGACAAUGAAUUCAAAGAAGAGUAUCAUGAAUUGUCUCAUCAAUGCGAAGAUUUCGCUGUUGAUUUGAUGGAGCAAUGCCGAACRUUUACAGAAAUCAAAAUAUUAAGCGACAUAUUACCAGAAUUUGAAGAGAGGAAAAAACACAUCGAAAUCAAGAAAGAAACGUCAAAAGAUUUGGCUUUUUUGAAUUUGGCCAUAAAGGGAAACAAUGAUAAGUUAGUCGCUCAUCCCUACAGCCAGCUUUGUUUAAAUAUGGUAUUGUACAAAAAUAUCUACACUAUCUUCAGCUUCGAACCAAACUGGCGCGACAGAAGCUUCUUGAGUGUCUUCUUAUACACACUACGGCACAUCAUGCUUCUGCCCUUUCUUGCUGCGGCGCAUGUCUUUGCACCUGGUACUAAAGUAAGCCGUGUUCUUGGAAACCCAAUGAUCAAGUUCAUGAGUCACUUCUGGUCCAUGUUAUUAUUUGUCAUUUUACUUGUUGUUUCCGCUUUUCAAGACAAGUUUGAUAAUGAGAUAUUUCGUCCAAGUAUUCCAGAUUGGUUGAUYAUGGUCUGGAUUCUUGGCCUCAUCGUCCAGGAGUUCAAAGAGUUGUGGAUCCAAGGAAAGAGGCGUUACUUCACGCAAUGGUGGAACACCAUCACCUUCYUUAUGGUACUCUUAUUUACAGUAUCAUACAUCUUCAGGCUUGUUGCUUAUGGUAUUACAGGAAAUUGGGUGGUYCUAGACCCCAUCAAAGACCUCACACCGUCAGCAACGUUUCAAGUGAUUCUUUUGUCCAACAGUCUUUUCUCCCUCGCCAUGGUUUUGAGUUUCCUUCGUCUCUCUGCUGCCUUCCAAGCCAAUGACAAACUAGGACCUUUACAGCUAUCGUUGUACUAUUUGAUUCUUGAUGUGGGAAAGUUCAUGGUCUUUUUUGCAUUGAUUAUCGUAGCGUUUGGAUUCAGCUUGAGAAARUUGUACUCACAUUACAUCACUACACAGAAAUACAUCGCUAAACACCGUGCAACAAAUACCACAACCCAAGACACAAAGCAUCGAUUUUCAGACGCGGCGUCAGGUUUUACUGGGUUAUUUUGGUCUCUGUUUGGUCUCACUGARCUUAACAGCUUCAGUACAAAGGACGAGAACUUCCUCAUCACUAAGGAGACUGGGGAGGCUCUGUUUGGGUUGUUCCAGGUGCUUGCUGUGAUAAUCGCUAUWAACAUGUUGAUUGCAAUGAUGACAAGAUCCUUCGAUGAUAUCGCGGACAAUGCAAUCAAGAAAUGGAAAGUGUCCAGGACAAGACUAUGGAUGUUUUGGGUCGAGAAAGGAAGCAUCCUGCCUCCUCCAUUAAAUCUGAUCCCAAACAUACGAUUCAUCUAYAGACAGCUCAAGAAACUCUGCAAAUGCUGUCAAAAGGAAGAUCAAACGUUCGACGUACAAGUGCAAGAUGAUGACUUCACAGAUAUUCAAGAGGCUUCAAAAGUUCCUCUAGAGCAACAAAGUGAAAURCGAAAGCGUAAAAUCAAAGACAUCCUCAAGCGAUACAUUGGAAUAAGAAAAAACAGAGACAACGUUGAAAGCAAAAGCCAAAAGACGUCACAUUGUUGCUGUAAUGCCAAGCCAGACACAAACGACGAAGAACAACAAGACCCUAGUAAUUCGACCGCCCUCUAGAUUGAAUCGGUUAAUUUCCAAAUGCAACUGCCUCGGAAUUAUACAAAUCAUAUAUGGAAGGAAAAUCUAACAGGGGUGUGUUUGCAGGGGUUUCAUGAGGGGGAUGGGGCCCCCUGCAUUUUUUUGUGAAAGACCGAACAAAAUGCUGUUGGACUAUCCAAAAACGUGUAAGGCAUGUCUUAAAUCCCGAACAAAUUUUUGCCGAAUCAAAUUCAAGUAUUUGCGUUUUAACGCGAGAGAGUCAUUGAUUUGAUCUCAUUUGUAUUAGGAGCGACUCUUAUGCCGUACGUCUUCCUUUGCACUAUAUUGCAACCUUGAAAACAAUUUUCUUAAUCGCAUCAUAUAACUGAUACCAUGUCCUUUCGAAAACACAUAGUUAAAAAAAGUCAGGCAUUGUCAUUUAUUGACUUUAUUAUCAUUGUGCCUCCAGGGACAUUAGUAUACGACACAUCAUCAGGGAUCGURUUUGAAUGGAGAGUUUUAAGAAAUAAACCAUUAGAAAAGAGAAGAGGGAAGGGGACUGUCCCGGGGGCGGAUUUAGUGGAUGGGAAAUGGGGAAUUCCCCCCUCUUUUCCAGUCCUGUGCUCGAGAUUUCUUAUUGUAUUGUCAAAAAAAUUUAGUCCUCUUUCUAAUUCCUUCAAAGACGAUAA